UUUAUCUUCAUCAUCCGCAUUUUAUACAUGUUUUCAAUUCAAUGACUUGUGUAAAUUCAAUUUUGAUGUAUUGAUGACGAGGCAAUAGUGAUUAUCAUCUUAUAUAUAUUACACACAGUACUGAUGAUUGCCAUCAGUGCUCAGAUACUAGUUAAAUAACAACUUGUUAAAUUUAUUAUUCGUUACAUUUGGUGUAAUUUGAUCAAAAUGAUUCAAGACGACGAAGGUGAAUUAAUGUUGACGAGCCCAGAGAGAGUGGUGGCUCUGGGUUUCAAACCUCAGAAGGAAAUCCUCACUAACUACCUGCUUCCGUAUGUCGAUGAACUGGACGAGGAGUCCCAAAAGUUCUUGGAACAAGUGAAGACAAAUCUAGCAAAGGCAAUUAUUCUUCGCGAGAUGAAGCCUGCAUGCGGUGUCUGGUCUUCCAGGCUAAUGAAGUACAUACGGAUUUAUGGAUUAAAAUUUAGCAAAGAAGAUCAUAUUGCAUUUAUAAAACUUGCAUAUGAGUUGAUGUUAAUACCUGAUCUUGAACCUUACAAAGUCCACAAGUUUGCAACAAUGUUUAUUAUGCUGACAAAGAAAAGACAUUUGAUUUCACCGGAAGAGUUGACCCUACCCUGGCGACCCCUUUUUGAUUUAGGAAAAAUAUUCGACAAAACCUUUGGAUUAUACCAUAAUCUCACGGACAAACCGAAAGUCUCUGAGAGCCAAGAGUCCCGUAUUGUCGAGCUGGUACGCAAAUUCUUGUCGGGCCGAGGCCUCGACGAUGCUCUUGAGUUGUUCGGCUUUGGCAUGGCGAAGGAGCAAUUUGAACUGCCCAAAUCUCUUGAAGGAUCGUAUUUGUCUAUGAUCGUAUGUGCCAGACCCUACUUCGAGCCGGAAGCUACCAAAGAAAUACUUGAAGAAUUCUUACCCCAGAUUCGCCUGUGGUCGUCUGGCUCAUUGUUGGGUCAGCUGGUAACAUUUCUGCCAGUGGCAAUUCCACCAGACCGUGCUGCAGAUGGGCAUCUACUUUGGUUCGACCAGCUCAUGACACUUUGGGAUACUUGUUACAAUUCCCAAUGUGAUAUUGCGGAAUUGAUGACUGUGUUUGCUGGACUUACCAAAAGGAAUCCUGGCGCUGUAGAUUGGACACCCUAUGUAGCGGCAAUGUUCACGAGAUUCCUUCACGCGCUGAACUUACCUGUCAGCUACAAAGACAUGCAGUUUACCCGAAAUCAUUCUCUUGAAAUGAAGCAGGUAGCAAGAUGGAUAGUGUGGGCUAUAAAUCCAGACGGCGUAGUUCUGAAGCACUUGCGCAGUUUCCUUGCCGGCGUAGAGAGCUACUUGCACAGCGCUAACUCUGGUCGCUGGUCCUACAAGUUAAGAGACUUAUUGCGCAAGUUAGCCAGAGAGUUCCUCAACAGAGUCCGCCGUGAACGAGAAAAAAGAUUCACAGAAUCAUGGGAGAACCAAACACCGGAAUCAUUUAAACUCAGAGAUGAGGAUAUAACUGAAUUUGUGAAUAUAUUACUCGGACCCACGGUACAAGCGGUGUAUAGCCGUAGUGGCUCUCUAGAUAUAUUUAUGGCGCUUCAAAAUUUAGCCACACUGAGACCUAACAUUGUAGUACCACCAUUGUUAGAAAAACUUAGAACAUCCCUCACGUCUCUAACGGAACCUCACAGAGUAACUGCGGCCAUGUCAGCGGUCGCCUCUGUCGCCAGACCGAUGCUCCGAGGACGCGAGACUGGCUAUCCGGAAGGUCAAACACACGUCGUUCCAUUCUUAAUGGCCGUUUUACCUGGUUUGGAUCCCAACGACAUCAAAAAGACAUUGGUCACGUUACACUUCAUACUAAUCUUUAGCUGGAUGGUUCCAAUCAUUGACUGCAGUUCAGCACAUGAACACUGGCCGGACCUCACUGAAGAAGAGCUACUAACAUGCGAGUCCACUGCUCAAUUCGAAGACUUCGUUCUCGUCUUCUUGGAUCGCUUGUUUAUUAUAAUUGAGUCCAGUGUUCUUGAACACGUGCGCCACGAUACAAAAGAGAACGAAUUCGGCCGCAGUAAAACGGACGCAGUGGUUGAAACAUCGCUGUCAUCUGCAGCGACAGCUGUUCUCAUGCAGUGUUCGCCGAAAAUAUUCAAGGAAGCACUAAGAAAGUUCAAAGCGUUCGCUACUCAAACCACAUUUGAAAUUACAGUCUCUGGAAGCAUGGUUGGUGUGUUACUUCGCGUAUUCGCUCGUGUGAACUCUGAAGCGACGCUAGCAGCUUUCGUGCCCGACUUGUGUCAAGAAUUAACUACUUUGCUGGCUACCGAUGAAGCUGUACGUGAUGAAGAUCCUUCUCGAGACGUCGUUUACAGACUUGUCUUGCUCAUGCACGCAGUGGAAUGUGACGGCGUCGUUCUCUUGAAAUAUAUAGACGAUAUUAUUCCCGUUUUAGACAGAGCUCUUAAACUCUACUGCCAGAAUGCGCUCGCAAAGGCUUGCGAUGUUCUGGGCCAUAUGUUGGCUUCAUUGAGUAACACAUAUUUAUAUGAAUGGAGGAGUUCUCCUAAAGAUUACUCUGAGGCACCGGAGAAAUGGCUACCAAUAAGAGAAUGGGGACACGGCUGUUCAGUGAAAGAAGCCAAUUUCAAAUGGCAUAUACCGUGUGCUGAAGAAGCAGCAUGCGCGCAGAGACUCCUCGACAGGUAUUUGAAGCCGGAGCUGGCGCGACUGCGACAGUGGCUUGACGGAGAGCGACCUAUUUGCCGCGAGCGCAGACUUAGAAGUUUCCAUAUCAUAAACGCUUCUCUUUCUUGCUCUAUGUUUAUGCCGCCUCCAAAUGAGAAACCAAUUGCACUCAUGGAGUCCUUAGUACCCGCCACAAGCAUGCCGUUCACGAACGGCAUCAAGCAUUCGGUGACGCUGGACGGCGAGAACAUGCGCGUCGCACUAAUAAACCGGAUGCUCGACGUGCAGGCGCGCAUGCUCGCAGAAAAGUCCGAUGAUACACGCAGCUUUGAAAUGCUUAUACAGAUAUGGGAGCGUGUGGCGGUGCCGGCGGGACUGCGGGCUACGUCCGGUCUAGAAGCGCGCUUGCGUUCGUUCGCAGCACUAGAGCGCGCCACGGACGGCCGCGGAGGCGUGGCCACCGGCGCGGGCUCCGCGAGACUACGCAUGCUGCUGGCUGACGGAGCGAGGCUGCAGCACGACGCGCGCAGGGACCUGCCGUGUGACGCCGGGCUGCCGCCGGCGGCUCGGACCGUGUUACAUGCCCUCUUCGACCUCUCCGUCUACGUUUACACCUCGGUCCGCAUAUUGGCCCAAAUCCGCAUGUACUGGAUGCUGGGUCACUUCCCGUACUCGUACCGCUUGCUGCUGCCGCGGGUGAGCAGGCUGCUGCGCGAGGAGGUGGGCGGCGAGGAAGCGGGCGAGGAGGGCCACGCCCGCCACAAGGGCGUGCUGUGCGUGCUGCUGGGCCCGCGGGCCGGGCCCCUCGCCGCCAAGCACGACUGGGAGGUCGUGCGGGUGCUGUGGCCGGCCAUACUCAACGCGCCGCUCAGCGAGAAGCCCAGCAUCGUUCGAUUAGAACAGUUAUUCAUUGAGUGCCUACACCGACACUUCCCUGCCGUGAACACCCGCCUCACCAUGUCCCAGGCGGCCAUCGACUCCGCCAAACGGCUACUCACUGAUGCUCAACUCGCCGAUCCUGUAUUCACUGAACAACUGGCGGGAGCUGUCGAUCGAGAGUUAGCUAACUCAAAUAAAACUGAGAAAUUGUAUUUAGAAUUGAUCAAUGAACUGGUGGAUAUUGCGGAAGCCCCUAAUGUUGUUUGGCGUCGUCUGGAGCUGGUUAUGCACAUGUUGUCUUUCUGUCCGUCUAUACAAAUCGAAUACCCGACUAAAGCGGUCAAAUUGAUGGUGAACUCCCUACUUCACGAUAACAUAACGGUGCGUCGCAUCGCGCAGCGUCUCGUGUACUACACGUUGAAACAAGUCAAACGACCGCUGAAAAAGAUACUAGUGGACCCAUACGAGGUGGCCGGGGUUCCGAGACCUGAGAAACAUGUGCCAGGUUAUAGAAAAGAUUUGGAGUGGGUGAUGUGGUCAGAAGACAGGAUACCUAAUAAUGAAGAGGAUUGGGACAGGCCAUGGUUAAAGAACUCUAAACAUGGCUUUUACUCAUGGCCCAACAAACUUGAGGUAACGGCGCCAUCUAGCGAACAAGUCCGCGUAUUUGACCUGCCCCUUGAAGAAACGACGGAGACCGAGAGAUUUAUAAUGCAGUUCUUCAACGACGAUGCUAACAUUGAAAAAUUAGUUUCAUUUCUCACAGUAGAAGAGAAGAAAGGCAAAGACAAGUUCAGCGGGCUGAGGUUCUCUAUGUUCAAAAUGUUGUUUUCGCAUUUCGGCCCGAGCGUGACGAAGAAAUUAGUGGGUGCUGCACUGGAGCGUGCGAGCUCUUCGCAGGAGGCUCCACAGCGGUUCGCGGCCGAGAUUGCGGCCGCCGCCCUCCGCGCCCCGAGACACUGGCCCUUCGCCCCCGCCACCGCUCUCUACGAGGACGUCGUCCGCAUCCUCACCACUGGACUGACUUCGGUGACUGUGGAGACAAUGGAGGACUGGGCGACGUGUGUGGCGAUGGGCGUGGACCGCAUGGACCCCCUUCGGGGCGCGGCCGUCGUUCGCGGGCUGUUGUCACUUUGCGCCCCCGCCGCCCCCGUCGCCCCCGCCACCCCCGCCGCCCCCGCAGCCCCCGAAGCCCCCGAGGACUGUGAAGCCGCCGGCCCCGCAGCCCCCGCAUCCUCCGCGGCGCCCGCUGACACCGACACCUCAUUCGUCAUUUGCGCGAGGCUUUACGCGCUACAAAGCGCCAUUGCUACAUUAAAUUGGCGUGUUGCACCAUUGGCAUCUGAAUUACUCAAUCGGCUGCAAGCGGCAAACUUCACCCAACACCCAUAUCAAAAUGUGCGCGAAAUCGUCGGCAGCAUGCUGAUGACGAUCUUCGACUUGGAGGUGGUGUUCCCUGGUGGCAAGGAGUGCAGUGCCCCGCGGCUACAUGAUUUCCUCGCCGCUGUCAAACCGCGACUCGCUGCACUAUAUGACGAAAAUGGAGAUAUUGUUGUAAAAGCUGCGACGCCCAUAAUUACUGGACAGUGCGUACCUCCCGAGGUGAACUCGUGCGAGCCAGCGCUCGAAACGCAAGAGGCUUCCGUCGAAGUCAGCGUCGCACAACUCUCGCCAGAAGAUCAUAUCUCAGAAGACACGCCACAGAUGAGCGAGGAGAGCGAGGGCGAGUGCGCGCGUGCGGGCGUGAGCCGCGCGAGCAGGCCGGAGCCCCGGGCGGGCGCGCGGCUGCGGGCGGCGCUGCGGCUGGCCGCCGGCUGCGCGCCGCCGCCCGCCCGCCGCCACGCCGACGCCGUCAACCUGCUCACCACCGUUCUCCGCGGCUGCAUGGGCGUGGUGGUGCGCGGCGUGACUGGCGGCGGGGGCGGCGCGCGCUCGCUGCAGUCGCUGGUGCGGGACGCGUGCGCGGUUGCGGCGCGCGGGCCGCAGCUGGAGGAGUUGCCGCGCGCCGCAGCAGCCUUCCUCGCCGCCCUCGCGCUCCACCACCACCGCGCCGGACCCUUCGACGACGCCCUCGCGCUGCUUCACACGCUCGCAGAUGAUCGGUCGUGGUGGGCGCGGCUGUCUUGUCUGGAAUUUGCACAACCUCUACUAUUCUACGGGCUGCCAUUGCUGUGCGAGCAAGCAGAGCGGGCCGUUAGCGCUGAACAGUUCGCGUUAAAACUUAUGCGCGAUCCUAGACUUGAAGUUCGACAAUCGGCAGCGAAACUACUAACUGGAUUAAUGCACUGCCGCGCCUUACCCGACGAGCAGCAGACGUUACGAACUCUCACGCGCAAUUGUAGAUCCAAUGAAUUGGUAGAGAGACACUGUGGUGUCCUGGGCCUGUGUUCAUAUCUAGCCUCCAGGCCAUACAGUCUAGGCCCCAAAUUAGGAGACGUGUUGGCGGAAUUAGCAAAGCAUACGAACGCACCGGAUCCCAUACCCGCUACCAUCCGGAAUUCACUUGCCGAAUUUAGACGUACACACCAAGACGAUUGGCCCAAACAUCGGGAACAAUUAACGGAAGAGGAACUAGAUCUGCUCGCGGAUUUAACCUCACCGCCUUCUUAUUGCGCCUAAAUUAGGAUUAGUCUCUCUAUAAGGCCGCAUUUUUAUUGGUCACUUAGUAUAGUCAAGGAAUGUUUAAGCAAUCUCAACGAAUUUUCGGAGUUCGAACAAGAAAAUAACCUGUAUGUUAAUUAUUAACUAUAGGCUGACUAUAGAGUUAUUGGAUUGGUAUAAAUUCGAUAUCGCAUCAGAUAUAUUUGAUGUUUGAAUAUAUUAUUGAAUUUAUAAUAUUUGAAUACUUGAUGUUUCUUUUGCCUUUUCAUUGCCUUAUUUCGAUAUCAUUACAAUACUUUUACAGUAAUUACUUUAAAUACAUUUCUGUAUUUUUCAUUUACAUUUUUAAUGCGUUAAAGUUUUGUCCUACCUUAUUUGAGAAUACUAUUUGACAUCAUACGAUCUGAUUUCAAUUCAAAUACGCG